AUGACCGCCGGAUUAAAAACCAUCAUCUCCCUCUCCUUCGUCCUAGCAAUCGGCUUCCUCCUCGUCAUCCUUUCAUGUGCCCUAUUUAAGCAAUACCUCCCCCUCCUUGUUGUUGCAACAUAUGUGUUAGCUCCACUACCGAACUGGAUUUGUGGACGAUGCGCGAAUCCGGACGAUUUUGGUGAUAGCGGGGGUGCGAAUGCAAUUGUAGAUUUCGGAAGAUUCUGUACGGGGUUCUUGGUGAUCAUGGGAAUUGCACUCCCAGCUGUACUGGCACAUUCGGAAAUUAUCCGCAUUCCUGCCAUGAUCAUGUCUAUUAUUGGGGGGGUGCUCAUCUACGGCACUGUCAUUAGCUUCGGGCUGUUCUUCCAAGAGGAGCAGGAGUUCUAG